AUGACUCAACCCGUUCAAAUGCAACAACAAACUGAAGAUAUGGACUCCAUGUUCCCUGUCUCUGGUAGCGUGGACAACAUGACCAGCGAGACUCAUGUCGGAUCUUACCAGUCGCUGGACCCUUCGCGUUCUUCGCUUGAGGACUACAACCGUUCCAUGCUGCAGUACACCCAACGCCAAAUGUCAUCCUUCGUUGACAUGGACGACUCUCGCCGUGGAAGCCAGAGCAGCAGCAAAAGUGGGUUUAGCAUCACCCCUAGCGGCGGUACGUCCCGACACGCCAAUGGAUCUUUAACGUCCGUCGGCAAUGUCGAGACCAAACAUGGUGGUCGCGACAUGUCCGAGGCUAAGUCUUCUGGAUAUUAG